GACGUCUGACAAUGUCCGCUGCCAUGGCGACGCUGCUGCGCCGGUCCCUGCGCCCCCUCCGCGCGUUCAGAGGCCACCCCCGGCCUGCUGCAGAUGUGCCCCUCCGAGCCACGAGCCAUGGCGCCGGCCUGCUCUACCCCGAACACAUCCCCACCUCCCUGGUGCAGAAGGCCCUGCUUGCCGCUGGCUCUGCGGGAAUGGCGCUGUACGACCCGUAUCGCCACGACAUGGUUGCAGUUCUAGGGGAGACCACAGGAUACCGUACCCUGAAGGUCCUCAGGGACCAGAUGAGGAGGGAUCCAGAGGGUGCCCAAAUCCUGCAGGAGCGUCCCCGCAUCUCACUGGCCACCCUCGACCUGGGCAAGCUCCGGAGUCUGCCUGAGGACUCCUUUGGCCGCGAGUAUCUCCGUUUCCUGGAUGUGAAUAUUUCACCAAGAUGCAAGUUAUUUCAUCAGUGGGAAACCCAUCAGGAUGACCUGCUCCAAGUGCCAUCCAAGAACAGUCAGUCGUCUUCUGAAGUCCCCCAGAGCCUUUUGUCCUGCUGCUGUGGAGGGGAUGGGAUCCCCAAGACCUCCCUGGGCACCUUGCCCAAUCACAGCCCUAGUUGUGGUAACAGCCCUAUAGAUUGUGACACUUCUGGAGCACAGAAACCAGCAGCCCAUGAAAUGUAAAGGAAUACCUUUGUCCUAGCAGAGCUUUAGAGCAAAGUUCAAGGUGAGGUCACCCUCCCUGAGGCUGACAUGGGUAGGGGCUAUAGUCAUCGUUGUGGCAUCAAGAUUACAAGCAUGGGCUCUGGGGUUAAGAGUAGCCUGAGUUACAAUUCUGCCUCUCUUCCCAACUUUAAAGCCCUGGGCAAAUCAUUUGACCUCUGAGCCUCAGACUCCUUAUCUGAGGUAAGGAAACCUAAUGUUUAUCUUCCAAGGCACUUAGAUGGCUGAUUAAUAAUGGAUGUUAAGGCUUUGGAAUCCAGCAGGCUUUGUUUCAAAUCCUGACUCAGCCACUUGAUUAGCUGUGUGAUCUUGGGCAGACUAUCUCUGUGCGCCUUAUUUUUCUUAUCUAUAUCUGAGGCUUAUAACAGUAUCUACCCCCAGCUGGUCUCGACAGUACUGUAUGAUAAUAUGUGUAAAGGACUUCAUACAGUGCUGGCAUACAGUAGGUGCUCAAUAGAUGUUGGCCAUCACUGUUACCACCAUCAGCUUCACGCAGCAGGUAGAACCCUGUAGAAGAAAUUAGGACCAGGAGCCCAAUGAGGUCACAAACACGGACCAUGGCACCAAGCCAGCAGUCCCAAGCAAUAGAAGCGUCAAACCCCUUGGGCUCUGGAUAGGCUGAGGCUAUGCUUUGGGAAUAGGAAGGCCAGGCUCCCCCCACUCUGCAUGGGUGCUGCUGAGGGUUCAGAGAGGCGCUGGGUGGGUAAAAGGAGGACAGUUGCAUCCUUACCUGGGAUCAGAAAAGUGCCCAUGGCUUGCCUUUUGCUCAUGCAUUUAAGAGAUGUUUAUUCAUCCAGAGCCUGGAGAUACAGCUGUGAGCAAAACAGAGCCAGCCUGUCAACAGUCCUGUGCUGCUGACUGGCUGCUGCAACACUGAUCAUAGACAUAGCAUGCAAGCUGUAUAGGGAAUUUAAAAUCUGCUGCUAGCCACUUUAAUAAAAGCAAAAAGAAACAGGUGGAAUUCAUUUUAACUUUUUGUUUUUUUUGCAGCAGGGAGGUAAUUAGUUUUAUUUAUUUAGCUUUUCAGUGGGAGUACUGGGGAUCGAACCCAGGGCCUCCUGCAUGCUAAGCAUGUGCUCUACCACUUGAGCUAUACCCCCCUCCCCUGGAAUUCAUUUUAAUAACAUUUUGUUUAACCCAAUAUACUAAAAUAGUUCAACAUGAAGUCAGUAUUUUUAAAUUAUUGAGAUUUCACAUUAUUCUCUUCAUACCAAGUCUUUGAAAUCCAAGGUGUAUUUUACAUGUACAGCCCAUCUCGGUUGGGACUUGUCACAUUUCAAGGCUCAGGGGCCAUAAUGUGAUUGGCUGCUAUACUGGACAGUGCAGGUCUAGAAGAGAGACAUUAACAAUCACAUGCACAAACAAAAAAUAAAAACCAAAAUAAAAAAAAAUCUUUUAAUUAAAUUUUUAAAAUUAGGAAAAAAAACCCAAUCACAUGCACUAAACAUCAUAAUACAAUUGUGUUAAAAGCCACAAAAAGGUACAGGAUGCUACAAGAGACCAUAACAUGGACCUGAUCUGUCUGAAGCUCAGACACAGCCUUCCCACAGAGGGGACUCUUAAGCCAGGUUGUAAAGGACAGGAAUUGUCAAGGGGAAGAUGAGGGUGGCAGGAAAGAGUACUCUAGGCUAGGAGCAGCUCAUCUAAAGCAUUAGGGGUCUUGGUUGCUUCUUUUUUUUUCCCCAUUUUACUUCUAAUUGUGAUUUUAAAAAAUAACGUAAGAUUUACUAUCAUAACCAUUUCUAAAUGGACCUUUCAGUAGUGUUUAAUUUAGUCACAUUGUUGUGAAACCAAUCUCCAGAGCUUUCCCAUCCUGUAAAACUAAAACUAUACCCAUUAAACAACAACUCCUGCUUCCCUCUCCCUGCAGGGGCUUCCCCCUGCCCCCAGGGAUUUCUUUGCCAUAGAUUCCAACAGGGUGUGUGUGUUAUGUGUGAGCUGGGGUAGGCCAAGGGGGUGCCGAUCCCACCAUAGUCCCUGCCUGAGGACUCCUGUGUCAGCAGGGAAACAAAGUCCCCGGGGGCUUUUGGUGAGGUAUGGGUUUGGUGGGUGGGAUUGAGAGUCAAGGAGAGGCUGGCAAAUUGGACCCUGGGAAACAUUGGGAAGGGAUCUAGGGGAGGUUCCUGGU